ACAGUUUUGCAGCACUUCACAAAUUACAAGAAGGUUUCGGUCCUUUACAACACGCGCGGACAAUAUUUAAUGUCGAGGUGUAAACGAGCUGGCCGAUUCAUUUUAUAAUUUUGUAUAGCAAGCGUUUUUUAAAACAUUAAAAACAUGGCCACGGCUGAAGCUCAAGUCAACGUGAACACAAAUUUGCAAAAGCAGGAUCUUAGCAAUUUGGAAGUUAGCAAUCUAACGCCUCUGUCGCCCGAAGUAAUCUCACGUCAGGCAACAAUCAACAUAGGAACAAUCGGCCAUGUAGCGCACGGCAAAUCGACGGUUGUUAAGGCUAUAUCUGGUGUGCAGACUGUUCGCUUUAAGAAUGAGCUGGAACGAAACAUUACAAUUAAGCUGGAACGCUUAAGCGAUUCAAAAAUAAAAAAACUUUUGCACUCCAAGAAGCUGCGCAGGCAAUAUGAAUUGCAGCAGCAUCAAGUGAUAAUGCGUCUCGCUAAGCGACGGCGACGACGUCAGCAGGGUCAGGAGCAGAAGCAGGAUCAGCCGUCAGCCAAUAGUCUAUUUUCAUAUUUCACGCGUUCAUCCCGAAGCCACAGCCAGAGUUCGCUCAGUCCCAGCCAUAGCAGCGGCUAUGGCAGCAUUUUUGGUGCGGACGAACCGGAUACGCUGCAGUUGCAGCUGCAGAUUACAUCCAGCGUUUCAACUGCAACGGUGGCACCUAAAGCCAAAACAACACAAUUGAGCGUUACAGCCGCAAAACGACGACGCAGCAGCGGCAAGAGCAAUAUCAGCAAUGAGAACAACUACCACAGUGAGGUGUCAUCUUCACCAGCACUUAAAGUCAUCAAGGAUAAUGCGGGAAUGCCGCUCGCAGUGUUAAAGAAGCCGAAGGGCGAGUACGUAGUGGAGCGCGUAGAAUGCGUUGAGGUUGCAAAAUUUGAGCCCGUCUUCUUUGUCAAAUGGCUGGGCUAUGACAGUAGCCAGAACACCUGGGAAAGCUACAACAAUAUCUCAAAAUGUGUACAGCUGGAGCAUUUUGUGGAGAUUCAGUUGGAUACCUACAAGUCCUAUAUCUCAGCGAUCAGCAAUCGGUUGGAGGCACAGCUAGCCGAUGCGCCGCCACUCGUCUUGAACAGCACUGUCAUGAAAAACCUGGAUAACUUUGAAGCUUUGCCACUGCAGCUGGACUUGAUAUUGCUGGCACAGUACAAAGCUGCGGGAAGUCGCAGUCAAGUGGAACGGGGUCGAAUCGAGGAGCGUGCUAUGCUGCGGAUGCAAAUGCAACGUUGUUACUACAAGAGGCAAACACAAUUAAAGAAGUUGGCUCAAUUCGAGGAACAUAUGAACAGUGUGGAGCACCCAUCGCCGCCAAUACGUGUGGUAAACAACAGCGAUUUGGAUGACAUCGAUGAAAGUUUUGUUUAUAUCAAACGCAACAUACUCAGCGAGUCUGUCCCCAAGCCAGAAACUGAAGUAUUCGGCUGCAGUUGCCAUAAUGAUAAUAGCGAAUGCAGCGCCUCGAGUCGCUGUUGUGCUCGCCUGGCUGGCGAACUAUUUGCCUACGAUCGUACCACACGACGCUUGCGUUUGCCCCAAGGCAGUGCCAUUUUUGAGUGCAACAGUCGCUGCAGCUGCGAUGACAGUUGCUCAAAUCGCCUGGUCCAGCAUGGACGCAAGCAUGCACUGGAGUUGUACAAAACUAGUAACGGAUGUGGCUGGGGCGUUCGUACGCCGCAUGCGUUGCGCAAAGGCGAAUACGUUUGCGAGUAUGUGGGCGAGAUUAUUACCACCGAUGAGGCGAAUGAGCGAGGCAAAAUCUACGAUGACAGAGGUCGAACUUAUUUAUUUGAUCUGGACUACAAUACGACAGCAGAGAGCGAGUACACGAUUGAUGCGGCCAAUUAUGGCAACAUAUCGCAUUUUAUCAAUCAUUCGUGCGACCCCAAUUUGGCUGUUUUCCCCUGCUGGAUUAAUCAUCUAAAUGUUGCCAUGCCACACUUAGUUUUCUUCACGUUGCGUUACAUUAAGGCUGGCGAGGAACUGAGCUUUGAUUACAUUCGUGCUGAUAACGAAGCUGUGCCCUACGAGAAUCUGUCGACGGCAACGCGUGUCGAGUGUCGCUGUGGCGCCAAUAAUUGCCGCAAGGUUCUCUUCUAGCGACAUCACAUUAAGCCAUUUAAAACAAACCACCGUAAAACUGCAAAUUAUUCAUUCAAUUUCAAGGCGACUUUAAGACAACAGAAAAUAGAAUUAGAGCAUUCAUUUUUUUAUAGCUUUUUGUUCAACUCUCUUAACUAAAAAAAAAUAUGACGAGGCGAAGUAAGAACUAUUUUUUAUUUAUAGAUUUUUUUUUAAAUGUUAAUAAUUGCAUUUGCAUGGAUCAAUUACUUCUUAUGACAAUUUUUUUUUCUUACUUAUAUACAAUUAGUAUUACACAUCGCGUUUUAUUAGACAUUAUACAACAUUUCAAUCACAUAGCGUUAAGAUGUUUGCGAUUAUUCAUUAAAAUCAUGCAAAUGAUAAAAUAUAAAUGUUAUGAUUUUGUUAAUAUGGGGCAAAUGAAGACAACAAUCAUGUUAUUCUUGAAGCAUAUAAUUUUACAUAACACAUUUUAUUAUACAUAUUUGCAAUUCUAAAGUUAUCAUAUGUACAAGC